AUGUGCGGAGUGUGUCAGGCGUAUGUUCGGCAAUGCUCCCACCUUCCCAGAACCUCCUGGAUAGACGAAAUCACGAACGUUUGCCAACAUUCUGAGGAGCAUUGGACAGAAUGCAAAAGGACGUUGACCAGAAAGUUCGCUGAACUGCGCCCGCUGAUGGAGCAAGGUUGGCCAGCGGAGCAAGCAUGCGAUCGAGUCCAUCUGUGUCCU